AUGAAGUUUCUUCAGUUUCUCCGACGCAACAUCCUUCUCAUUUCUACAAUUCUCGCCGUUGUACUGGGAUUUGUUGCUGGGAUUAUGUUCCGGUCUCUCAAGCCGUCAUCUGACGCUAUUCAGUUGGUGCAGUUCCCUGGAGAGCUUUUCCUUCGUAUGCUGAAGAUGCUGAUGCUGCCUCUGAUAGUCGCCAGUAUUAUUACAGGCGUCAUUACCUACUGCAUUGUGUUUGGUGUUAUUCUAAACCAACUUGGUCAUCGUGGAGGAGUGGUGGAACAAUUCUUCACCGUCAUCAACCUCGUUACCUUCAAAAUGAUUACACUUGUCAUGUGGUAUUCGCCACUUGGCAUCCUGUUUCUCAUCACUGCCCAGAUAAUGUCCACAACUGACCUGAGGGAGACUGGACAAACACUGGCUAUCUACAUUGCAACUGAAAUGGCUGGAUUGGCAAUCCAUUCAUUGGUGGUCCUUCCCGGCUUGUAUUUCAUUCUGACCCGAAAGAACCCAUAUGCAAUAUACCGCAAGGCAACACAAGUUGUAAUAACCGCAUUGGCAACAAGCUCCAGUGCUGCCACGCUGCCGGUGACGAUGCAAUGUGUGGAGCAGCGGAUGAAGAUGGACACACGGAUUUCCCGUUUCAUCCUCCCAGUGGGUGCCACAGUCAACAUGGACGGCACAGCUGUCUAUGCUGCCAUUGCUCCGAUGUUCAUUGCUCAGUACAAUGGAAUCAGUCUGACUUUUGGAGAUGUAAUAAUCAUAAGGGGCAGAACGUUCUUCACAGACGUAAACCUAGAGAACUAG